CAGUCGACCAGCAGCUUCUCACAGUCUGAAUGAACCGUCUGUUUCAAUGAUUGUUACUGGGACCACUGGGAUGUCUGGGACUACAGGGACUCCAGGGACUACUGGUCUGUAAAAGAGCUGCAUAGUUUCAGCAGACGGGAGCUGAUUGGUUGACAGCUGAGCUCUGAUUCAUGAGUGAAAGCAGCCGUUGAUGUUUGCAGAGUUCAGCACUUCCUUAAUACACCUUCCAGGUUUUGUUCCAUCAUGGGGGCCAAAGACCUCCACGUGACCUCUGACCCCGCAGGGUCGCGACCUUCUGCCCAGCGCCGGACCCCCUUCAACAGCGUCAAGUUCUUCGUGCUCUGCCACAGCCUCCUGCAGCUGUCUCAGCUCCUGGUGUCGGGUUACAUGAAGAGCUCCAUCUCCACCAUCGAGCGGCGGUACGGCUUCUCCAGCCAGAAGUCUGGUGUGCUGGCGGCUUUCAACGAGGUGGGGAACACGGUCCUCAUCGUGUUCGUGAGUUUCUUGGGGAGUCGGGUCCACCGGCCGCGCUUCAUUGGGGGCGGAGCUCUGCUGGCCGGCGUCGCCUCGCUGCUGAUGACGCUGCCUCACUUCCUGGGAGAAGAAUACCGGUACACGGACCAGAGCAGCUCCUCCGGUGAGAACAGCUCCGCCCUCUGCCAAUCAGAGGGCUCCCUCACCACCCCGUCCUCCAAUCAGAGCUGCAGCCCCCAGGAGGGCCCCGCCCAGCUGGAGGUGUUCCCUCUGCUGCUGCUGGGCCAGCUGCUGCUGGGCGUGGCCGCCGUGCCCAUCCAGCCCUUCGGCAUCUCCUUCAUCGACGACCAUGCCAGCAGGAAGAACUCGCCGCUCUACCUCGGGAUCCUGCUGGCCGUGACCUCCAUCGGCCCGGCCGUGGGCUUUGUCACCGGCUCCUUCAUGCUGCGUCUGUACGUGGACGUUGACAAGGUGUCUUCAGACCAGAUCAAGUUGACCCACCAGGACCUGCGCUGGGUGGGGGCCUGGUGGCUGGGCUUCCUGGUGGCGUCCGGCCUCCUCUUCCUCACGGCGCUGCCCUACCUCUUCUUCCCCAGGAGCAUGACCAGAGAGAGCGAGGACGACGAGGACGACGUCGUGGAGUCCGGACCGGACGGCAAGCAGCAGCAGACGGACCCGGUCCAGGAAGUCUCUCUUCUUCGGUUCCUCAAAAGCUUUCCCUGCAUCGCUCUGCGGACCCUGCGGAGCCCGGUCUACCUGCUGGUGGUUCUGGCCCAGGUGAACCUGGCGGCGCUGCUGUCCGGCCUCGCCACCUUCAUGGCCAAGUUCAUCGAGAGACAGUUCAGCCAGACUGUCUCGUUGUCCACCAUGAUGAUAGGUGGAGUUUGCAUCCCGCUGGCGGUGCUCGGCACCGUCCUGGGUGGAGUCCUGAUGCGGCGGUUGAACCUCUCGGUCAGCGGAGCCGCUAAGUUGUGCACCGCUGCCAUCCUGCUGUGCUCGCUGUCCUCCACACCGCUGCUGUUCAUCGGCUGCCCCACGCAGAGGAUCAGCGGGGUCUUUCCCCCCAGCAGUGAUGCGUUGCUGUGCAGCGCUGGCUGUGGGUGUCCUCAGGAGGCCUUUAACCCGGUCUGUGGUUCCGAUGGUGUUGAGUUCAGGUCCCCGUGCCACGCCGGCUGUAUCGCCAUAGAAACGGGUUCAAACAACAACUUCACAAACUACACUGGGUGCCGAUGCGUGGGCGGGCUUGGCUCCGCCUCUCCAGGAACCUGUGGCAGCAGCUGCUCCGGGCUGCUGCUCCCCUUCGUGGCGCUGCUCGGCCUCACCAGCUUCGUGGCGUCCUUCUCCCAGACGCCGUCCUACAUGAUGAUACUCAGGACGGUGCCCACGGAGGACAAGUCCUUCGCUGUGGGGGUCCAGUUCAUGCUGUUCAGAGUGCUGGCCUUCAUGCCCGGUCCCGUGCUGUACGGCAGCGUCAUCGACACCACCUGCAUCUUGUGGGGCGAAAAGUGCGGCCAGCGGACUUCCUGUCAGUACUACAACCUGGACCACUUCAGACAGAGGUUUCUGGGUCUGCAGGUGGUCUUCGUGUGCGGGGGUCUUCUCUGCUUCCUGUUGACGGUCGUGUUUCUGCGUCGGAGAGCUGGACUCCAGGAAGCGGCGGCGGCUAAAGGAAGCUACGAGCUGGUGAGCGCUUCAUCGAAAGAGACGGAACAAGUGGAGGAGAAGAAGGAAUGAAGACGAGGAGACGAGGAGACAAAGGAUGGGAGCCGGGUGUUCCUCCGUGUGAAGGACCGGUCGUGACGUCAUGUUGUUAUUUUGCAUAAUGUGACAAACUGUACAUUCUAAUACUUAAUAGUUGAAUACGCUGCAGUUCCUCUAACAGCCACUAGAUGUCGCUGAACGUCGGUCCAGCGUGAAAUAUCCCAACAACUACUGACGGAUGUCCGUGAAACUUGUGUCGGAGGUUCGUGGUUCUCGGAGGAUGAAACCCACUGAGUUUGGUGGUCUUCAGACUUGUUGUCUAGCGCCACCAUCUGGUCAGAUUGUGAAUAUUACCAAUAUGUUUACAAUCCAGUAAAAUAUCUCAGUAUUUACUUGAUGGGUUUUGGGCUUCAUUUGGACAAAAGGCAGUCAUGGUCCUCAGAAGAAGAACCCUCCUAGCGUUGGUGGUCUUCUGACUCGUUAGCGCCACCAUCUGGUCAGACGUUACCGUGUCCAACGCUUUGGUCCUGAAGAACCACAAACAGUGUUUCCUGCUCAUGAGCUAAUGUUAGCAUGCUAACACGUUGAUGGUGAACAUGCUAACAAUGUUAGCAAUGACUUUAGAAGUCAGGAGUAUUUAAAGCAAAGAAACCUCUUCAUCCUGAGCUCACGAGCCGCUUCACGUUGUUUUGUCUUCACGUGUUCUUGAAUGUGUUGGAUGUGUGUUGUUUGUGUUCUGUUGUUGUGAAUAAUUGUGUUGAUGUACUUUAUGAAAUGUGAUUAUAUUCUAACCCGGCGUUGACCAUCUCAAGUUCUUCCAGAUAUAUUUUUGUUUCCAAAACAUAAGACAUAUUUUUGUACUGUGAGGAUGUAUUCUCUGAUGUAGAUCAGUUUUUAAUACAGAAUUAUGUUCAACAUUUAGUUUGUUACAAAGUGGUGAAAUAAAGGAUGUCAGAUGC